CUCCAAUGGCGACCCCACUCUGCACUCUCUAGAGGAUCUUCUUAGUGGAAACAUAUGUUGAGACCUCCUCUUUUUUUCACCAAUAAAGCGUAAAUAACCUUUCCUCUCCUUUCUUUCCUCUCCUUUUUAUUUCCUUCCCCAAAACCCUAGCACCUGUCUAAUCAGAUCAUAGACUGUAGGAACAGGACGAAGAAGUUGAAGAAGAAGAAGAAGAAGAAGAAGAAACAGAAUAGGAACCUGAUAUAUAUUAUAUAUAUCUAGCUAGCCUCCUCAUCUUUACCUUUUAUAUAUUUCUUUCUCCUCUCUUCUCUUCUCUUCUAUCCUCUCUGUGGGUGCUUUUCUUAUAUAAGAUCUACAUGAUAUCUUCUUUUUCUCAAAAAAAUUUGCUCCAAGUGAAGUGAAAAGACAAGGAAGAGAUUUGCCUCCAUUUGCAGAUCAAGGUUAAAAGAUAUGGCAACUUUCUCAAAGCACCUGCUUUUCAAGAUAUGAAUAUACUUUUAUCCAUUCACUACUUCUUGGGUUCUUUUGCAGUUUUCUCAUAAUUGCCUUUUACACAUAUCUUUCUUCUCUCAUUUCUUUUUUUCAUCUUCAACUUUGCAACUAUCACCAUCUCUUUGCAGGUUUCUUCAACUUUUUUCAACUAGAAUAUAUUUGUUUUCUUUCCCAAGACUACUAUAUUUUCGAUUCAUCAAAGCUAUGGAUUCUGGUAAUAGUAGUAUGCAAUCCUCGAGUGGUGGUGAUGAAGAGUAUGAUUCACGGUCUGAGUCAGCUCCAUCUUUCUUGAACCCUUCAAGUAACAACUUUGGUUCCUUAUCAAACCCACAGUACCCUUCACUCUUCUCUCACCACCAUAACCAACAACCCACUUACUUUGAUCCUUCAUCAAAUUAUCUCCAUGCUCUCCCUCAAUCUCGAUCUCAACCUAACUCAAACCAGCCCAGCUCCUUGCUAAAUCUUGACUUAGUUGGUUCUAGUAGCCUAAGAUCAGAACCCAACUGCACCGACACUGGUAACCUACAAGGCUCAUCCUCAACAAGUCAUUCAAUGUUAGCCGCUCAAGGAUUCAAUCGUGGUUCAUUUCCAGGCUCACCAUCCAUGCAAUCAAGGUUACUCCAUGAUCAUAAUGGUACGAGAUCUUUAGCAGCAUCCGAUCAGAUUAAUGUUGCGAAGAAUCCAAAGAAAAGAACAAGAGCUUCAAGAAGAGCACCAACAACUGUUCUCACCACAGACACGUCCAAUUUUAGAGCAAUGGUGCAAGAAUUCACUGGAAUCCCGGCACAACCUUUUUCUGGCUCAUCGUAUACUCGCCGCCUCGAUCUUUUUGGCUCAGUCUCAGGCUCGGGUAUAAAGGCAGGGCAUGUUGAACCAAUGGGACCUCUGUACCCUCUUCGUCCUACCACUCAAAAGUUUCAACCAAACCCCUUUGUAUCUUCUUCUACUUCGGUGGUUGAUGCUAUUGCUAGUGCUAACGACAAUGCUAUAACCACCUCCAUUUCAACUGCAAGUAACGCUUUUAAUUCGCCUUCUAUCAAUAACUUCCAACUGCUUUCUGAUUCAGGCCUCAAUAAAGAGACUCAUAAUUUGUUGAACAUGCAACAAAACCCAUUCCAGUCUUUUCUACAGCCUCCUCUCAACCCUUCAAAUAUUACUGUGCCUGGUUUUGGUGGAAAAUCUCAAGCAAGUUUUGGUAUGCCUGGUUUCGAGGAAUUGGCUAUGAGCGGCCAUGGACACGUUAAUGCAAGCCUUUGCGGGCUAUCGAGUCAUGUAGCUUCUGGACAGGAUCACAUGAGGCCUUUCGAUGGGAAUAUUAAUGGGAAUUCAUCACAAAGGGUUACCAGUUGUAAGUUGAACUACUCGGCAUCUUCAUCAGAUUUUCACCAUGAUAAGACUUUGGAGAAUGUUUCUUCUAGGGGUGAAGGUACUGUUGAUUCAUGGAUUUGUCCUUCAGAUUAGGAUUAAUACUUGUAUGUAUAAGAACUUAACAGUGCAGAAGCCAGAAAUUAAUUACUUUUGAAGAGGGUUUUGCUGCAGAGAUCGGUCAUAUAGUCUUUCUUGUUAAUUAGAAAUAAAUAUAUGAAAUUCAGUUUAGAAUGUAGAUACUAUAUAUCUUUCUUCUUCCCAUCGAAAAUUUCAAUUUGUUUUUGUUUAAUAUAUGGUCACUUGUUUUGUUUGUGUUAAAUAAAUUUACUUGUUGGACAUGGAACAACUAUAAGAUCAAUUAGAAGCAAGAUUUUCUUCCUCGUACUUUGUCUACUCGUAGAAAACAAAUAGGUCGGUGCCGUGUUCAUAAACGGGCAUUAUUCCUGAGUCACCUAUGUCCAUAUGGACUUGUCUAGCCAUUAGGCCAGACAAAUGGCUGCUUGUAAAAAGGGUGGUCCAAGUCUUGUUUUUGAAUUGCUAUAUCAAUAUGACAAGGGACCCUAAGUGCCGUGCCCGCAGGUUUAAUCCGUUGAUUCUGACUUGUUACCUCUUCAUCUCCAUACUUAAAUUAAUUACCAUCGAAUUUCAUCUCCAUACUU